AUGGCGGUCAAUAAGAGCGGGCUGGAUCCUUUGGUCGAGUGUUCCGAGGAGGACGCGGAACCCGAAAAACCGGUGAUUCGAAAGAGCAAUCCACGCCAAAUGGUUGCGAGGAGUCAUUCAAGAUCGGUGGAAGUCCUACGAGCAAGAUCAUGCCCUCGUGCCACCAUCGGGAAUCUAUUCAGUUUUUCGGCGAUACGUGAAAGAGCUCGAGCACUCGGGUGGCGUCAAGGUGAUAUUGACGAUUCAUCUAACACAAUGACCACCGUUUCCAACACUGAUGCUCGCUCGCCAAGCUCGGUGUCAUCGAAAAGGCAAGUUCCAAUUCGAAUCAUUCGUUCAAUGUUGAUAUUCAGGAAUCGCGAAAGCGAUGCAAGUUCACUUGCGGAUGGCGCCAAGGAUCCAUCAGCCGAUCUUCUUCUUCAAGAGGAAGUCGACAGCUAUCGGGAAAUCAUGGAACUCCGAAAUCAUUGUAUCAGAUUUAUGUCCGGUGAAGAGGUUCUAAAAGGUGGUAAGCUCAAGGAAUGUCCUCUUUGCGCUGCGAAACUUCCAAUCGAAGCGUUCCCGAAGAUCAAGGGAUGCCAACAUCGAAGCUGUAUAAUGUGCCUCCGCCACUACGUGGAAUUGUCAAUCAGAGAGAAUCGCGUUGAAGUGUCAUGUCCAGAAUGUUCUUCGUUUUUCACUCCAGCUGAUAUUUACAAAAUCCUCGCGGAUAACGUCGCCGUACUUGAAAAGUAUGAGCAAUUCAGUAUACGAAAAUAUCUGCUGAGUGAAGCUGACGCGAGAUGGUGCCCAGCGCCGGAUUGCAACUACGCCGUCAUCGCGACACGCUGUGCGGCGUGCCCGAAGAUUAAAUGCGGUCGUCCCGAGUGCGGAACGUACUUUUGCUAUCAUUGCAAAAGGGAAUGGCAUAAUAAUCAGACAUGCGAUGAAGCACGUCGAAGCGAGCGCCGAAAAAGCAAGGCGAUCGCAUUUGAGGAGGUUUUCCGCAAUGGCGGCUUCAUCGGCGGAACUGACACACUUCUGAAGCCAGGCGAUGUCAAAGCUUGUCCGCGUUGUCACACAUAUAUCGUUAAAAUGGAUGAUGGAUCGUGCAACCAUAUGGUGUGCACCAUGUGUACGGCGGAAUUCUGCUGGCUGUGCCUCAAAGAGAUCUCCGAUUUGCAUUAUCUCAGCCCGACGGGAUGCACAUUCUGGGGAAAGAAGCCGUGGACACGAAAAAAGAAGCUUUUGUGGCAAUUGGGUACUCUUAUUGGCGCACCCGUGGGAAUCGCAUUGAUUGCGGGACUUUCAAUUCCCGGAAUCAUAUUCGGAGUUCCGGUGUUUGUUGGAAGAAAAGUCCACAAUCGUUUCCAUUAUCAAACCAAAUGGAAAAGAAGAUUCCUCACCGCUGUAUGUGUUAUGGGAUCCCUUGUGGUUAGCCCAGUUAUGGCUGUUAUGGCAGUCGGUGUCGGAGUCCCAAUUCUUCUUGCCUAUGUUUACGGAGUCGUUCCACUUUCGUUAUGCCGAAAUGGUGGCUGUGGAAUCUCAUCGAGCAACUCGGACCCAGCAUUUAAUGAUUUGGACGAGGAGCAGCUUUAUGGAAUUGGUGAGAAAGGUUUAAUCGAUAUGGCUAGACUACAAAAGGAGUUGAAGAAGGAAGACGGAACAUCCGUUGAGCCUUCGAUAAACAGCGGGCUCUCAGCCCCAACAGAUGCCAAAGGCAAAAUUAUUGAUACUCCAAGAAGACGAGCUAGCCUUGAUUCUGCUGAACGCACCAACUAUGAGGAGGCAAGCGUUCGAGCAAUGGCUGGCUCACAUUACAAUGAUGAUAAGAGUCUUCAUACUCUUGGCUCCGGUCAUGAGGUUACUUCGAUCAAUGAGGACAAAGCGAUGAACUCCGAAACAAAAAGUAUGUCGGAGAGCAUUUUUCGAUCGGUUCUCGGAAGGCAAUUAGACAGCAAGAAAGAUGAAAUUGAUGAGGCCGGUGAAGAAGAUGGUCACGAUGAUGAUGAACCAUGCUCAUCUGCUUCCGCUUUGGGAAUAAAGAAAAAACCGUCGACGUCUUCCGGCGCUCGCUUCUCAUGUGUUAUCGAUAUGCGCGAUGAAAAUGUUGUCCUUCUCGAUGAAGGGACUGCUAUUCAUCAGCCUCCAGCACGUGGCUCAGCGGAAGCUCCAAUUGAUUUGUGCAAAAUCAGAUCUUGGCUCGACAACAUGAAGUAUAUGGUUGCUACCGAUGUUUCGCAGGAGCGUCCAUAUGAACCAUCGAUUCGUCCGGGAAGCAAACUUCGGAGAUCGGGUAGCGGAAAAAGCGUGCAUACCGUUUUAUCGGGCUCCAUUGGUGUGACAUCAGCCAGUGGUACCUCUGCAAUGGAUGUGAGCGGAGUUCAAAACUCCGCGAGCUCACCGAAAGAAGAGCACGAAGCCGUUGAGAAGAAAAAGAAGAAGAAGCGCUUUUACUCGAAUUGGUUCAGCAAAUCAAAGUAA